GGUGUGAGGAUCGCCGCUGACUCCCAGCCCACCUUCGCGGACCUGGGGCGGGGGGGAUCUGCACGGUGGAGGGUUACAAGAGGCAGAAGCGUAAAGUCACACACGCAAUCGCGUCAAGACCAGGCAGGUGUAGGGACCCGGGGGACGGGAACAUCCCGUAUUCUCUCUCUCCUUUCCCUCUCUCCUUUCCAUCAGUUACUGCUACUCAUCCUGAAGCCGAACAAUCAGAUCGGGAUUCUGCCUUUAAAUACUGUCACUGCGAUUCCAAUGCGAGGAUCCUUGCCGAUCAUACAGGCGCAGAGAGCGCGGACAUUCAGCGGGCAUGUGAAAUAAACGCAGUGAAAAUGGACACAAGGACCUGUCUUAUUAUUUUUGCGCUCAUAUUUCAGUCGCUGAACUUCAUACACGGACAGUUUUUUCCAGGCAGCUGCUCCUUCGAAGAACACUACAACAGCUGUGGCUACAGCGUGGCCCUGGGGACCAGUGGCUUUGCCUGGGAACAAGUCAACACUUGGGAGAAACCCACCACAGAAACCGUGCUCCCCACAGGUUCUUUCAUGGUGGUCAAUGCCUCGGGCCGGGCGUCAGGGCAGAAGGCCCACCUGCUCCUGCCGACGCUCAAGGAGAACGACACGCACUGCAUCGACUUCCACUACUCACUAUCCAGCCGAGACGGGUCCAGUCCUGGGGCCCUCAACGUCUACAUCAAGGUGAACGAGGGCCCGCAGGGGAACCCUGUGUGGAACGCUUCCUCCUCCACUACUGACGGCUGGGUGAAGGCUGAGCUCGCCAUCAGCACCUUCUGGCCUAACUCCUACCAGGUGAUUUUCGAGGCUGUGUCCUUGCAAGGCCACCCUGGGUUCAUCGCGGUGGAUGAAGUCAGAGUUCUGGCGCACCCUUGCCGGAAGGCCCCGCACUUCCUGAGGCUGCAGAACGUGGAGGUGAAUGUCGGGCAGAACGCCACCUUCCAGUGCAUCGCCGGGGGAAAGUGGUCCCAGCACGACAAGCUAUGGCUGCAGCAGUGGAACGGGAAGGACACGGCCCUGAUGGUGACGAGGGUGGUGAACCACAGACGCUUCUCAGCCACGGUCAGCGUGGCCGACACAGCGCAGAGGAGCGUCAGCAAGUACAGAUGCGUCAUCCGUUCCGACGGUGGAUCGGGGGUGUCCAACUACGCCGAGCUGAUUGUGAAAGCCCCACCGACUCCCAUCGCCCCCCCUGAACUGCUUGCAGUGGGCGCCACCUACCUGUGGAUCAAGCCCAAUGCCAACUCCAUCAUCGGCGAUGGGCCCAUCAUCCUGAAGGAAGUGGAAUACCGCACCACCACCGGAAACUGGGCCGAGACCCACAUCGUGGAUGCCCCCACCUACAAGCUGUGGCACCUGGACCCUGAUGUGGAGUAUGAGAUCAAAGUCCUGCUGACCCGACCCGGUGAGGGUGGUACUGGCCCACCUGGACCCCCCCUUAUCACCCGGACAAAGUGUGCAGAUCCGGUCCACGGCCCCCAGAACGUGAACGUGGUGGAUAUCCGUGCACGGCAGCUGACCCUGCAGUGGGAGACCUUCGGCUACGCCGUCACGCGCUGCCACAGCUACAACCUGACAGUGCAGUACCAGUACGCCUUCAACCAGCAGGACUUCGCCGCUGAGGAGCUCAUCCAGACAUCAUCGCACUACACGCUUCGUGGCCUGCGGCCCUUCGUCACCGUGCGCCUCCGCCUGGUGCUGGCCAAUCCAGAAGGCCGCAAGGAGAGCGAGGAAAUCGUCAAGCAGACCGAGGAGGACGUGCCCGGCUCUGUUCCCAUGGAAUCCAUUCAGAGCAGUCCAUACGAAGAGAAGAUCUUCAUGCAGUGGAAGGCACCCAAUGAGACCAAUGGGGUCAUCACACUUUAUGAGAUCACCUACAAGGCCCUCAGCUCCCUGGACCCCAACGCAGAACUGUCCACGCAGCGUGGCCGCGUCUUCAAGCUCCGUAACGAGACGCACCACCUCUUUGUGGGACUCUACCCCGGCACCACCUACUUCUUCACCAUUAAGGCCAGCACCAACAAAGGGUUCGGGCCACCGGUGACCAGUCGCAUCGCCACCAAGAUUGCAGCGCCCUCGAUGCCGGAGUACGAGACCGACACGCCCCUGAACGAGACCGACACCACCAUCACGGUGCUGCUGAAACCGGCGCAGUCCCGAGGAGCCCCAGUCAGUGCCUAUCAGCUAGUGGUGAAAGAAGAGCGGAAGCAGAAGUCCCGGCGCGCAGCUGAGGUGCUCGAGUGCUUCUCUGUCCCCGUCAGCUUCAGGAAUGCCUCUGUGCUGGACUCGCCGCACUACUUUGCCGCCGAGUUGCUGCCCGUCAACCUGUCUUUCGUGCAGCCCUUCACGGUGGGCGAUAACAAGACAUACAACGGGUACUGGAAUGCCCCGCUGUCGCCCACCAAGAGCUACAGCAUUUACUUUCAGGCUCUGAGCAAAGCCAAUGGGGAAACAAAAAUCAACUGUGUGCGACUGGCUAAUAAAGUGGUAAUAGGUAGGGGGCAAAUAACAACGCCAUACAUUCUUGUCAUCCCCAGUGAAGGAGCAUCCACCCAGAACUCGAAUGCGGUCGAGCCUGAGAAGCAGGUGGACGGCACAGUCAAGAUGGCGGGCGUCGUUGCCGGGAUACUCAUGUUUGUAAUCAUCCUGCUGGGCUUGGUGCUGACGUUUAAAAGAAGGGAAAUUCACACGUGGAGAACUCUGAGCGUGGGGAAGCUGGCGAAGAAGCAGAAGGAGACGGCCAGCAGCACACAGAGGGAGAUGGCCGCCGUGGGGGGAGCCGACAAGAGCACGGGCAAAGUCAGCACCCUGCACAAGGAUGACCCCUUCGCAACCAGCACACCGGACCUCAACGGCUUCCCAUCGCCCUCCCCGUGCUCCUUCUCCGUGCAGGGAAAAACACUCCAGACCAAAUCCCUCCUGAAUUCCUACUACUCAGUAUCCAAAGAGCCAGUCCCCGCAAGUUCGUCUCUGGAUGGCAGCCACAAGGAUAUGGCCCAGUCCACGCUCACCAUUCAGACGUACCCGUACGGCGGUUGCGAGUCCGUGGAGAUGUCCUACCAGGCCGGCCAAUUCCAGCCGGCCAUACGGGUGGCAGACCUCCUGCAGCACAUCACGCAGAUGAAGUGCGGCCAGGGAUAUGGGUUUAAGGAGGAAUAUGAGGGCCUCGCCGAAGGACAGAACGCCCCCUGGGAUACAGCGAAGAAGGACGAGAAUCGCAACAAGAACAGAUACGGGAACAUCAUUGCUUACCCCACAGAUGACCACACUCGGGUCCGACUACAACUGCUGGAGGGAGACCCUCACUCAGACUACAUUAACGCCAACUACAUCGAUGGUUAUCAUAGACCAAGACAUUACAUUGCAACACAAGGUCCAAUGCAGGAGACUGUGAGAGACUUCUGGAGGAUGAUCUGGCAGGAGAAUUCCGUCAGCAUCGUCAUGGUUACGAACCUGGUGGAAGUGGGCCGGGUGAAGUGUGUCCGGUACUGGCCUGACGAAACUGAAGUGUAUGGGGACAUCAAGGUCACUCUGAUCGAGACAGAGCCCCUGGCGGAGUACGUCAUUCGCACCUUCACCGUCCAGAAGAAGGGUCACCACGAGAUCCGAGAGAUACGACAGUUCCACUUCACCAGUUGGCCGGACCACGGUGUUCCCUGCUAUGCCACGGGCCUCCUGGGCUUCGUCCGGCAGGUCAAGUUCCUGAACCCUCCAGAUGCUGGGCCCAUCGUGGUCCACUGCAGUGCGGGUGCUGGCCGGACAGGCUGCUUCAUUGCUGUGGACAUCAUGCUGGACAUGGCUGAGAAUGAGGGUGUGGUAGACAUCUUCAACUGCAUUCGGGAGCUUCGCUCACAGAGAGUCAACAUGGUGCAGACCGAGGAGCAGUAUGUCUUUGUCCACGACGCCAUCCUGGAAGCUUGUCUGUGUGGCAACACGGCCAUCCCAGUCUGUGAAUUCAGAGAAAUAUACUAUAACAUCAGCAGGCUGGACCCUCAGACUAACUCCAGUCAGAUCAAAGAUGAAUUCCAGACGCUGAACAUCGUGACCCCGCGGGUGAGGCCAGAGGACUGCAGUGUGGGACUGCUGCCCAGGAACCACGACAAGAAUCGCAGCAUGGACGUGCUGUCAGUAGACCGCUGCUUGCCCUUCCUCAUCUCCGUCGAUGGAGAGACCAGCAACUACAUUAAUGCUGCUCUUAUGGAUAGCCAUAAACAGCCAGCGGCCUUCAUAGUCACCCAGCAUCCUCUGCCCAACACGGUGGCCGACUUCUGGAGGCUGGUGUUCGACUACAACUGCUCAUCCAUAGUGAUGCUGAACGAGAUGGACGCAGCGCAGCUCUGCAUGCAGUACUGGCCCGAGAAGAGCUCCUGCUGCUAUGGUCCCAUCCAGGUGGAGUUCAUCUCCGCAGACAUCGACGAGGACAUCAUCAACAGAAUCUUCAGGAUCUGCAACAUGGCCCGGCCCCAGGACGGCUACCGCCUGGUGCAGCACUUCCAGUUCAUCGGCUGGCCGGCGUACCGCGACACCCCGCUGUCCAAGCGCUCCAUCCUGCAGCUGGUGCGGCGCCUCGCCAAGUGGCAGGAGCAGUACGACGGGGGCGACGGGCGCACCGUGGUGCACUGCCUCACCGGUGGCGGCCGCAGCGGCACCUUCUGCGCCAUCUGCAGCAUCAGCGAGAUGAUCCAGCAGCAGAACAUCGUGGAUGUGUUCCACACGGUCAAGACGCUGAGGAACAACAAGUCCAACAUGGUGGAGACCAUGGAGCAGUACAAGUUCUGCUAUGAAGUUGCCCUGGAGAGCCUGAGCUCCUUCUGAGGGGUCCAGUGGAGGGAACAGAUGUGCCAUCACCCCACUCCCAGCCCCUUGCAGACUAUGGCAGAGACACGGCCAUCGUGUUUGCGGCAGAGAGCCGAGGACAUCCACACGCGAGGAACCGUUCUGCUGACUGGGGCUAUUUUUGUGCGCCGGUCCCCCAUCCCUCCCCCCGCCCCUCGGUCACUGUAAACACAAAGAAAGACAUUGUGUUAAUACGUUGCUUUCAGUGUCCAGAGUCGACUCGUGCAUCCUGGGCUGUAAUGUGAUAUUGUACAGUAACUUUCUUUUUCGAUAUUUGCCUUGAAUGUUAUGUCCCCUCCCCCCCCCCCCCCCCACCAGUGUAAAAAGAAAAGAAAAGAAACACAACGUCACAACAUGCUGAUUCAGUGGCAACAUCAGCUAAAAAAACAACAACGAUAAAAGCACACCUUCCGUGUGUUUCUGCAUCUCCUGGAGCCUGACGGCAGGUAAUCCCAGCUGAGUCAGCACCCCAUGGCCACAGAUAUCACUUUAGUACAUCUUCGGUCUCAAUGGUUCAGACGCCAGGGGUUGGAACACACACACAUGUACGCACACUGUACAGGAAGAAGAAGUUUAUAAACGUUUGAGUGUUCGGCGUUGGCUAUUGGCUGGUUUAUUUGUUCAUUUUAUUUUUCUGACGCCUGCUGCCCCCACAGCUUCCUGCACUAGACAGACAAUCAGACCUGUAGGUACCCAGUGCGGGUGUGGUUUUUUUUUCCCGGUGCGAGGAGCGACGGCACGGUGUGUGUCUCACUGAUGAGGUGCGACCCCCCCCCCCCCCCCCCCCCCGCAUUGCCCCUUUUCUCCCACACUGUUCCAGUGUUUUCUUUGUGGUUCCCGUGUUUUGUAAUUUGCACUUUAUUUUCCAGAAGCCUCUUCUUUACCUCAGUAUCGGUGCACGUUUGUGAUGUCCUCCUUUCCGUUCACGUUACUUGAUAGUGCCGCACUGACAUUACUGGGCCCGAGCGAAUUGCUACAUCUCACUGGAUGACACUUCCAAGGCAUUCGGAGAAGCCAAUAGGAUCUGUGUCCAAAGCCUAAACGCACACAGACUUCCUCAGACGCAGAGGUGACGUUGGGUUUGUCUAAGAAGCUUUUUAAUCACCUACACUGAAAUAAAAUCGAAUCUCAGCCUCUGCUAUUCCAUGAAAGAAGAAAUUCUUGGCAAGGAAAAUAGGAUUUGUUUACAUUUGCUUUUUUUUCCGCAAAUUUUUCAUCCCCAUAUUUGUACAUUUUUAUUUGUCUUAUACUAGCAAUGUGAUAUUUAGAUUUGGUGAUUGAAAUGCCAUGGUUGCUUUGUUGUUUGAAAUGUCGUAACACUAAUAAAGGGACCAAAAUAUUUAACAUUA